CACAACCUAUUUUACCUCUAGGUGAGGUGUCCACCUUAGUCGCCUCUUACGACAUGCCUGGCUGGAUGGCAGGGACCCUAUUCUUGCAAUGCUUGCUAGGCAAACAUACCCCGGGGUCCCACAGGGAGAUACAAAACAAUAUGUCUCCAAAAUUUUGGGACAGAUCAGUGUCAUCACUUUUCAGUGUCUGGUCCGAUGUCAAGUGGCUUACGUACUUCAAAAUCACUUUUCUCUCCCUUUAGUCAUCAGUAGCUUAAAAUCUUAAGUAGAAUUAGGCAUUAAAAAACGUACUAGUGGUGUAGAAUAUGAUAGAAUUGGUAUAUAUGUCAACAAUGUAAAUAAAAUUCAUGUUUAGGUUACACAUUGUUUAUGAUUGUGACUCAGCACGUGCUGCACGUUUGCUCUCAUCGUAUGAAAGAAUAAGCAUGUAUUUCUGGGGCGAAAGGUCAAAUUCGUGCUGGUAUCAUACACACAGGUAUUUACCUUCAAAUGAAUCAGUCCGGAUCAUAUGAUCCAGUCCGGAUAUACCACGAAGAAAAGGAGUACAAUGCAACGUGUAACGACAAAAUAAAAAACUAAGAAGUGCAAUAACAUUUAACUGCAACACCAGAACAUACAAUAUUUAGCAGUCCUAGACUAGCAACUGAUAAUCUAGUCCAAAAGUCUCGAGACUUGUUAGCUGUGUCCUGGGGUUGCUAGACAAGACUGAAAUGUCUUACAUUUGCUUCUUCUGUGCUUUUAGCUGCAUAGACAAACAAUGAGUCACUCGUGACUUUGUUGACACUUUUCCGGCCUCUGAAUGUAGGCCCGCACAGUUCGUCACCAGCCAUCCGCCAGCAGGUCAAAGGUCAGGUCAGCACUGCGAACCUGCACUACAUUGCUUUCAGAUAACUUCUACAGCACGUCUUGAGUACCACAGUUUUCAUGCUCUGUUCCACGACACGACACCGCUAGGCACACACACAGGUAUGCACGCACGUGCACGCACACACCCACACACACAGUUUUCAUGCUCUGUUCCACGACACGACACCGCUAGGCACACACACGCCGGACACACAAAUGUAGGCCGGCUAUAGGGUGACAUAUUUAUUCAACUCGCUGGGUUCAAUUGGAGAAAGGUGAAGGCACGUGGACCGAAGAAACCUUUGUACACACACGGGGGGAAACAUUUUGUCUCGACUUGCGUAAGGCGGGUCGUUGUGAUGUGUAACGGCGUCUCACCUGUCGCUCCGCGUUCACCUGAAGCGCUUCAGUCACAAUGCUGCAGUCGCCUCUUCACCUCACGUGAUGAAUCAGGGAGCACCACCAGCUUCAUCAUCACCAUCAACAGCAGCGGCAACAACAACAGUGAAGCCCUGCCUAUAGACGUUCUGUUUGUCUCUGACACUGGGAAGUCAGGGACAAGUCACAGACAAGUCACGAGCAAGCGAUAUUUCUCGAGAAAUGGCGUCUGGCUUCCACAACAGGGUGUUUGAUGAGGAGCUGGAUGAGGAGCCGUAUCAGCGCAGAAAGAACGAUGAACGAGACUUUCAUCUCGAGAAAAGCCCACCCAGCAGAAGACAGGUUAGUUCGUUAGUUGAAGAUGAACCUACUGUGCAAGGAAGGAUGGAUAAUUUGGGAUUUGAACCAAAUGGAUCCCCUGUGUUCAAGAAGAAGAUAUCUGAUAGCGAUGGACAAAGAGAAAGGACAGCGACGGGCGUUUCACCUGUGAUAUCUUCAAAUAACAAGUCGAAAACGAAUGAGGGAUUUGAGAAAGACGAAUAUGAACCUACAAAUGGAUAUGCUGCUGGAAACAAUGUGCAGCCAAGCUACGGUGAGGUGUCAGACAAUCCAGUGACAGAGAGCACCCAGGAUGCACCCGUCUACAAGCGCAGGUGGUACAUUCUAACGGUCUUUUCCCUUAUUGCCUUCACUCAGGGCUGUGUAUGGAAUGCCUUCGGUCCCAUCUCGUCCACCAGCCAAUACGUCUUCAAAUGGUCAAAUGGGGACAUUGCACUUAUAAACAACUGGGUCUUCAUCUCAUACUUCCUCGGUGGUGUUUUCUUCUCUUGGAUGCUAGAUGUUAAAGGACUGCGGUGGGCAUGUGUUACCAGCGCCUUUCUCAUGGCGGGUGGCUCCACUCUACGGUGCUUCAGCAUGGAAGCUCCUGCCAUAACAUGGCUGGUCAACGUCGGCCAUCUGCUGAACGGUCUGGCUGGACCAGUGGCCAUGGGAGCUCCUCCUUUCCUGUCCGCCGUGUGGUUCCCUCUCCAUCAACGCGCCACAGCAACAGCUGUGAGCACAUCUUCCAACUUUGUGGGAGUCGCCAUGGCCUUCGUUCUUGGUCCCAACUUGGUGCCACAGCUCACUAGUCCGGAGUCAGUGUUCAUCAACACAACUCAGAUCCCAUCUUCUGUGAGAAAUAUUGCAAGUGCUGGGCUGACUACAGAAAAAGGAAGAUUACUAACAUCACCUCAAAUGUCAGUCAAUCCUACUGAAUCAGAAGAGUCCAGAAUUGUCCAAACAAAAGAAAACAUCCAGAUUUACAUGAUCAUUGAGGCCGUAUGGUGCGGAGUGCUGUUGCUGACAGUCUUGAUUUACUUCCCAGCGAAGCCUCCCACUCCUCCGUGUGCAUCUGCCGGUGUCCAGCGAGAAAGCUUCCUCCAGGGGCUCAAAAGCUUGCUCAGAAAGAAGAUGUUCGUGAUGGUGACGUACCUGGUGCUGGCAGUGGGCGUGGUCUUCAGCUGGUCAGGCAUGAUUUACAUCAGCCUCAGUGUCCACAACAUUGAGGAGAAAGAAGCUGGCUGGAUCGGGUUCUACGGAAUCAUAGCUUCUGCCAUCGCAUCUUUGAUUAUUGCAAGGUUCGCAGACAAGUUUGCCCGCAUCAUGAAGUGGUGUGUGCUGGUACAGUUUGCUGUGGGCUCUCUGCAGUUCCUCAUCUUUGCCCUGGCCUCCAGUAAUGUCAUUACACCUUCUGUCGGUUUAUUUUACACCACGACGAUCCUGGCGCUGCUGGCGCUCAACUCCUCUCUCCCUCUGCUCUUUGAGAUCGGGUGUGAGCAGGCCUACCCCAUAGGGGAGGGAACAACAACUGUCGUGCUUCUGUUGCUGAGCAGUAUAGGAGGAGUUUUAUUUCUCUUUAUUGGGAUGAUCCCGAAUAUAGGGACAUUGUGGAUGAGCUGGACUCUCUUUGGCAUCACCGCACUCGCCAUCCCUGUGUUGUUGAUGCUCAAAGAACGCUUCAACAGGAGACAAGUUGAUGAGACCUACCCAAAUCCCAAAGACCUUAGUGUGGAAGUAGUGGUUGAAUCAGAUAAACAUGUUCAGAACUAGAGACCAGGGCCACUUCUUAGCUGACCUCACGAUUUACCAUGUGAUGCUUUUACCUGCUUUGUUGCUAAACUUGUAAUAUGUUCUAUAGACGACGAUACUGAUGCACAUAAAUUUAAGUUAAGAGAUGUUUCAUAUUCUUUUAACUAGAGUAUUGAGGACAUAGAUGGCUUCCUGUUUGACCACACACAGCAGAGCAAAACAAGGAAAACCAUCGAAAAAUCUUUUGUUUGAAAAAUAAUCUGCAAAAUUGAUUGGAUAAUAUUUUUGCAAGUCGUGCACAAAAGAAACCACCUACAAAAACAGGGAACUGUCAACAGGGAGAACAGAUCAUUUCUAGAAGUUUGGUAUUUGAAUAUUUGGACUUUGAUAGUUCAUGAAUGAAUGAAUAAAAGAAAGAAGAAAUA